GUUGUAUUUGCGUUUUGCACGUUCAUGUUCAUGUUCUCAUGUGUAAAAGAAACCAGAGCAAAUCUUCAUGCUUUUUGAGAGGGAAAACACGGUGAAAAUAGUUGGAAAGAAAGCGUGUGUUUGGUUUUGAUUUUGGUUUAUAAGAUUCAAGGAAUCACAACACAGAUCAUAUCAUCAUACACUUCUCGAAAUCGCAAUGGAAACCACUAACAGGACGUAUUCUCGAAACAUGGAAGACGAAUAUCAGAAAUUCAUUCGCAGAAUGAACCCACCUCGUGUAGUAAUCGACAACGAAUCCUGUAAAAACGCCACCAUCAUUCAGGUUGAUAGCGCCAACAAACAUGGCAUACUUUUGGAAGUUGUUCAAGUACUCACCGAUCUCAACUUCAUCGUUACCAAAGCUUACAUCAGUUCCGAUGGAGGCUGGUUUAUGGACGUCUUCAAUGUCACUGAUCAAGAAGGGAAUAAAAUCAGAGACCAAGGAAUCUUGGAUUACAUUCAAAAGGUUCUUGGCUCCGAUACAAGCUUUACCAAUUCCAUCGGAGUGACGUCAUCAACCGACCGGACUGUGAUCGAGUUAACCGGAAGUGACAGACCCGGUUUACUCUCCGAAGUGUGUGCGGUUCUCACACACUUAAAAUGCAACGUACUAAACGCCGAAGUUUGGACCCACAACACACGCGCCGCCUUCAUAGUCCAAGUCACCGACAACGAAUCCGGGUCAGCCGUAUCCGACCCGGAAAGACUCACCACCAUUAAACAAAUGCUUAGUUACAUUCUCGAAGGUAGCAACAAGGCUCGAGAGGCUAAAACGUCGGUGGUGUCUCAUGGUGUUGUUCACACUGAGCGGCGGCUCCACCAGAUGAUGCUGGCGGAUCGUGACUAUGAGAGGGGCUCCGGUGAUGGUGGUGAUGGUGAUACGCGGCGGCCGGAGGUGAAUGUUGUGAAUUGGUAUGAUAAAGAUUGUUCGGUGGUGAGUAUUAGGUGUAAAGAUAGGCCGAAGUUACUGUUUGAUACGAUUUGCACGUUAACCGAUAUGGAGUACAUUGUUUUUCAUGGCCAUGUGGAUGCUGAAGGACCAGAAGCUUACCAGGAAUAUUGUAUUAGACAUGUAGAUGGUUCACCGGUGAAAUCGGAGGCCGAGAGGGAAAGAAUGAUCCAAUGUAUCGAAGCAGCCAUCGAAAGAAGAGUGUCCGAGGGUUUGAAGCUAGAACUAUGCACAACGGACAGAGUCGGGCUUUUAUCUGACGUGACUCGAAUUUUCCGCGAAAACAGUCUCACAGUGACAAGAGCUGAGGUGGCAACACGUGGCGGGAAAGCAAUUAACACGUUCUACGUUCGUGAUGCCUCAGGCUAUUCAGUCGAUUCCAAGAUUAUUGAAUCAAUAAGGAAAGAAAUCGGUCAAACAAUGCUUAAAGUGAAAAACAAUCCUCAAGAUUCGAAUACAAGCCCUCAAGAAUCUCCCACUAGGUUUCUAUUUGGUGGUUUGUUUAAGUCAAAAUCUUUUGUUAAUUUUGGCCUAGUUAGGUCAUACUCUUGAGUAUUGAGGUAUAACUAUAUCGUCUGUAUAUAUCCGUCGUUUCUUUUCCUUCUUACGAUCCAAUUAACGUUGAAUCGGGAAAUUAAUGUAGUGUUGUUUGUGAAUAUAAUUUUUAACUUUUAUUUUA